GUUCAUUUAUUCGGGUUUCGGGACGACGCCCUUCCGAUUCAGUAUAAUUUUCUAAUCGACGAAGCCGAGACUAUGAUGCAGGAUGGAGGUGGCAUUCACGGGCCAGAUGCUGUAAUUUCGCUCGUGGAUUACGCUCUGACAGAGUUUGGGCACGGGGAGCGAGUGACUACUCUUCAUGCGGACAAUUGUGGCGGACAAAACAAAAACCGCUACCUGCUAGCGUACUUCUGCUGGAGGACCAUGAUCGGCCUUAACGAGGAGAUACGCUAUUUGAUGCAGGUAGCAGGUCAUGCCAGGUGCAUAAUAGACGCUGGGUUCGGGCGAAUCAAGGCGCUUUACAGGCGAACGGACUGUGAAACCUUGAGCGACCUAGAAAACGUUGUUGCAUCUUCUUCAACUACAAAUGAGGCUGUCCUUUACAAGAAACCUGACGGGACCUCGAGGUUUGAAUGGCGGGAAUGGAAGACAUUUCUUGGGGAACAGUUUCGUGCACUAAAAGGAAUAAGGUCAUAUCAGCAGUUUCGAUUCACCUCUGAGUCGCCUGGCAUCAUUUUUUUGAAGAAAGGAGAAGACAACGAGGAGACGAGCUACUGUGUGUUCCGUGGUGGAAAUGUACUGCGAAGUAGACCGCAGGAAGUACAAGCUGCUGGUUUAAGCCGCGAGCGCCAGGCAUACUUGGCAACUCACGUGCGAAAAUACUUGCGGGCGAAGAACAAGGACACAACAUGUCCACUUUCUGAGGAAUAGUGCCAAGUGUCUGACAUCACUGAAUAAGUGGACAUAUUUCGCGUGUUGUUGGUGAAUUGUUAUUGUGCUGUUGUUUGUUGUUAAAAUACAGAUUGUAACGGUAUAUCUGUUAUAUCGUUUAUGUACAC